UGUUUUAAUUAUUAUGCAUACCAUAGUAGAGUUUGGCACUAUGCAUAGCAUCGCUAUAUAUACAAAUAUGUAUAGCGCUGUAAACACUAACUUGUUAGCAAGACAUCACCUACCUAGAGUAAGGUAAGAUGGCCACAGAAAUCAAGGUAGAAAUUAUUGAGAGGCAAACAAUUAAACCAUCCACCUCAACUCCUCAUCACUUGAGAAGUUAUAAGCUCUCUUUUCUCGAUCAGAUGGCUUUCGUAAUUUACACCCCACUCCUUCUCUUCUAUCCCAUUACCAGUACUACUAGUAACGUUAGUACUCGCCACCAUGCUAUGAGCAUAGAUGAAAGAUGCCGGCAUCUAAUAGAAUCAUUAGCUAAAACUCUCACGCACUUCUACCCUUUAGCAGGAAGGAUUGUGAAAGGUAAUUCCAUAGUCGAGUGCAACGAUGAUGGAGCUGCAUUUAUAAAAGCACGAAUCAGCUGUUGCUUGUCGGAUAUUUUGGAAAACCCAGAUGGCCAGAUAUUGAAACGAUUCCUUCCCAUUGAAAUUGAAUCCAAAGAAGCGGGCACAGGCUGGUUGCUGCUUGUACAAGUUAACUUGUUUGAGUGUGGUGGAAUGGCAAUUGGGUUGAGCAUUUCACAUAGGAUUGCAGAUGCAUCAACACUAUGCACAUUCAUCAACUGUUGGGCCACAAUAGCACUUGGGUCAAGUGACAGUGAUCAGGUACUAAACCUUCCAGAAUUUGGUGCUGCAUCUGUUUUUAAACCAAUAGAAUUUUCUAGCUCAUCUCAGCCACCAGCAAGGGAAGUCAUCAAAGAAAAAUGCAUAAUACAGAGGUAUGUUUUUGAUGCCUCAAAGAUCUCCACUCUCCAAUCUGAAGUAGCCAGUUCAUUUGUGGCCAAACCUACACGAGUCGAAGCGGUUUCAGCACUCAUUUGGAAGUGUGCAACCGAAGCAUCGAGAUCAAACUUGAGGAAGCAAGGGCCUUCAUUUUUCCGUCAAGAUGUGAACUUGCGCAAAAGGGUUGUGGUUGUGCCUCCCUUGCCAGAAAACUUGGCUGGGAAUGUUGUGGGUUCCUUUACGUCAAAGGCUGAUGAAGAGAGUAGUGUGAUAAAUCUAAAAGACUUGGUUGCUAAAUUGAGGGAAGGCAUUGAAGGACUGAAAGAAAAAUAUGCUGCAAAACUUGUCUUUGAUUCUGAUGAGGCAUGGCAAGAAAUCAAAGAUGAGCAGAAUAAGCCGAAAACUCGUGACAACAUGGAGAUUUAUAGCUGCACAAGUUGGUGUAGGUUUCCUUUCUACGAAGCCGAUUUCGGAUGGGGAAGACCAUCAUGGGCGAGCGUAGCUAGUAUUGCAAUUAAGAACAUAAUUGUUUUGAUGGACAAAAGAGAUUGCAGCGGAAUUGAAGCAUGGGUGACGAUGAGUGAAGAAAGCAAGGCCUUAUUUGAAAGCAAAGUGGAACUGCUUGGAUAUGCUUUCGUAAAUCCAAGUGUGAUUGACACCUAGCUAUUAGGAGCCUACUCCUCCAUUUCUAUUGGGACUUAAAAAAUUAAAUUGAUAGUUGCGGUUCUAAAUUAGUUAGAAAUGUGAUUAUGUAAAUUCCAGUAGAUUACGUGUAGAAUUCUAUAAUAUAUUUUAAAUAGUUUCUUA